AUGCAGUUCAAGAACGUCCUCAUCGCCUCCUGCCUGGCCCUCGGCGCCGCCGCUACUACCAAUGCCACCGACAUUGCUCCUGCGGUGCAGAACCGCCUCGCUCAGAUCGACCUUGGCUACCAGCAGACCUACCUGCUGCUGAACCACCUGGACGACAACACCGACAGCGUCUCCGCUGACGACGUCGUUUCUGCCUACAACACCACUGCCAACGCCGAAGCCAUGGACCUCGGCAAGAAUCAACCUGUCAAGCCACUAUCUGACUCCACCCAGCUGGUCAUUUGCCAGGCUUUCCACUCGCUCGCCCUCACUGGUAUUCAGCUGAACAAUGCUUUCGUCGACAGCGCGUCCCACUUCAACAAGGCUCAGCGUAACGACCUGCAGACUGCGCUGAGUAAGGUUAACGACGAGACUGGCUCUUUCUUUAUUCACGUUGCCAAGCCUGCCCUGCCUUACUGCUUGACUACCCUCCAGACUGACGAGUCUGCUAUUUACAAGUCGCUUCUUGCUGCUGCUAAGGCUCUUGACCCCUCUGAGGCUAUCAUCUAG